AUGGGAGGAGGCAAGAUCGCGGCUGCCCUGACGGGCACCAGGACCUUCUCCUACCUCCUGCUUGGGUACGCCCUCUUUCACCUCGCCAUGCAUUUCGGGAAGUGGUACGGGGAGAACUUCGAGGACACCGACGACGGCCUGCAGCACCUAGAGUUCGUGAUGCAAGGCGAGGGCACCGACGACGAGCUCAAAAUCCGCACCUCCAGGGGCCAGCUGUUCCUGUUCCUGGCCUCGCCGAUCAUCCUUGCGGCGGCGCUGGGCGGCGUAUACGAAGCGCUGUGGCUGUCACGAGAGGCCAAAGCAGGCGACGCCGCUGAAGCAUCCAAGGCCGGCGGCUUCCUCGCCACCGUACACAGCAUCAUGCACUGCCAGUUCAGGCCUCUGGGCUCGUCGUACUUCCCGUGA